CCCGGGUUGCUAGGACACUUGCCAUCAUGGCCGCCUCCUUGCUCGGCUCCUUCCGUGUCCUUCGCGCGGCUCUUUCGCCUCGAAACCUCCCGCUCGCCACCGCCGCCGUCCCGUGGCUCGGCGGCUGCCGGUACCUGGGCUCUAGCCAUCGGCUGCUUGGUGUUGCUCCACUCAAAGUGUUGAUGCCUGCACUAUCACCAACAAUGGAAAAGGGGAAUAUUGUAAAAUGGCUGAAAAGGGAAGGUGAAACUGUUAAUGUUGGUGAUGCACUGUGUGAAAUUGAAACGGACAAAGCUGUGGUUACGUUGGACUCUAGUGAUGAUGGUGUGCUAGCAAAAAUCAUGGUGGAAGAAGGCACCAAAGAUGUAAUUUUGGGGUCCUUAAUUGCUUUACUAGUGGCAGAAGGUGGGGAUUGGAAACAAGUAGAAAUUCCUGUCCAAACAGGUCCGCCAUCACCCACUCAGACUGUGUCUGCACUGAAAGAACCAGCAGCCCCUCAGGCGCCUGUCUCUAGCAAAGUACAACAUCUAACCAGCAAAAGAGAAAUCCGUUUAAGCCCAGCUGCCCGCCAGAUCCUGGAAACGCAUGGACUUGACCCAAGCAGCACUGCCCCCACUGGACCACGGGGAAUCUUCACAAAAGAGGAUGCACUGAAUAUGUUGAAGCAAAAAGAUACUGUGACAUUACCCAGGACAACAGCCAGUGCCCCUGUGCAACCCCCUGUGAAGAGUACUCAAGCAGCAUCAAGCACCCCUGGAUAUCCCAGACCUUCCUCACCACCAAUCUCCAUUCCAGGACAGGCAUUAGCUCCGGGCACAUUUACAGAAAUCCCAGCUAGUAAUAUUCGGCAAGUCAUUGCACGGAGACUAACAGAGUCCAAGACCACCAUCCCUCAUUCGUAUGCCAGUAUUGACUGUAAUAUCGAACAAGUCUUAAAGAUGAGGAAGCAACUAGCCAAAGAUGAUAUCAAGAUCUCAGUGAAUGAUUUCAUUAUUAAGGCAGCUGCUGUCACACUGAAACAAAUGCCGGAUGUGAACUCCACCUGGAACGAUGAGGGCCCUCAUCAGCUGAGCUCUAUUGACAUCGCAGUGGCAGUUGCUACGGAGCGUGGUCUCGUUACACCAAUCGUGCGAGAUGCUGCUACCAAGGGAAUAGAGGAAAUUUCCACCAUGGUCAAGGCACUCGCAAAGAAAGCAAAAGCAGGAAAGCUGCUACCUGAGGAAUACCAGGGGGGAUCCUUCAGUAUCUCCAAUUUGGGAAUGUUUGGAAUCAGCGGUUUCAGUGCUGUGAUUAAUCCCCCCCAGGCUUGUAUCUUGGCCAUCGGGCAGUCACGCCAGGAUCUGACAGUUUCUGAAGAUGACAAAGGGAACCCUAGCCUCUACCAUAAAGAUAUGAUGACAGUCACUCUGUCCAGUGAUGGCCGUGUGGUGGACGAUGAACUUGCGUCUCAGUUUUUGGAGAACUUCAGGCUUAACCUGGAGAAUCCGAAACGAUUAGCUUUAUUCUAGACUGCCUUCUCUGAGCUUCACCUUCCACGGGAUUUAUCAUGUUACAUGGACGUCAUCAUAGAAUGCACCUGUAAUGCAGAGUUUAUUUUAUUGUUAGUGUUGCAACAUUACAGGGGAAUGUAGACCCUGCCUUUACUGCUACCUGUGUGUCGGGUCAAAUAAAGCUCCUUGUUAUUUAUUUCA